AAAAGCCAAAAUACAGAUCCAAACAAAAAUAAUUCGUGAAGGAUGAGCUUAGCAAACUAGUUUCUGGUGUGUGUGGGAGCUCUUAAAGAGUGCUUCUUUCUCCGCCCUCUCCAUGGCUUCUCUUCUUUCCUUCUCUCUUCCAAAACCAAGCAUUAUAAAAGCUACUUCAUUAUCUCCAACAACUACCAGCCCUUCAACUCCAGAGGUUCUUGAAGAAAAGUUUGGUAGAAAAGGCAUCAAAUUCUUGGAAUCCAACAAUGUUCCAACUGUUGAGCUAAAAGUUAGAAAUGGCAGCUCUGUGAGGGUCCAGAUACCUAAUGCUCAUGUCAGUUCUUACAAGCCAAAAGUUUACUGGAAGGAUGAUGGUUUUGAGGAGGUUCUUUAUACCCUUCCCGGUAAGGAAAAGGAUUCUUAUGGUAUAGCUAAAGGCGGAAUUGGUUUGGUCAUCAAUGAUGCCUCUGAAGGUGGUUCCAAAGGGUCACUCAUUUCUUCUUCUGAAUGGACUGUAAAGGAUGUUGACUCUGAUUCCAUUGAUGCUGUUCAGGUUGAAUUGAGCUGCAGCAGUGGACCUCUUGAAAUAUCAUAUGUAGUCUCCCUUUAUCCACUGAGCAUGGCAUCAGCAGUGAUAGUAAAGAAUAAUGGUCGCAAGGAUGUGACUCUAACUAGUGCUAUACUUAGUCAUCUCAAAUUCAAAAAGCGAGCAAAGGCAGGGAUCCAAGGACUGAGGAAAUGUUAUUACUGCACACAGCCUCCUUUAUCUUCACCUUUCGAAGUUUUAUCUCCAUCGGAAGCAUUGAAACCGGAGUCUCCAGGAUUGCUUGAUUUUGAUUUUGAGCCCGAAGAGAAACCAGGAUCAUGGAAAGUGCAAGAGGAGCCCUACAUAAUUUUGAAGGAUAGGCUUAGUAGAGUUUAUGCUGCUCCACCGCAAGAGAGGUUAAAAGCAUUCUAUAACACCUCACCUACAAAAUAUGAAACGCUUGAUCAGGGAAAAGAGCUGUUCUUUAGGGUAAUACGGAUUGGUUUCGAAGAUAUCUACAUUGGCAGCCCGGGCUCGUUUGCAGAAAAGUAUGGCAAGGACUAUUUUAUCUGCACUGGCCCUGCUGCAAUGCUGGUUCCUGUCGUUGUGAAACCUGGUGGAGAAUGGAAGGGGGCACAGAUGAUUGAGCAUGAUAAUUUGUAAUUACAAAUUUUGAUAUCAAAUUCAAAAUCAAUAUUCCAUUAGCUUGUUCAGUUUUCCCUUCGUCGCUGGUUUAGCUCUUUCCAAAAUCAUAUUGUAAUCAUACAGUUAUACUGUUCAAUGAAUGUCAUUAUAGCCCAUCACUUCUUGAA